AUGGUCGAAGAACGCUCCGACUUCGGCGACAUUGCCGCUGAGGCUGCCUCGGACUUCUUUACACAACUCUUCGGCUUCGUCGACACGGGCGUCCGCCGCUUCUUCAAGAACUUCUACGCCUCCUUCGCCGAGGUCAGCGCCAAGCGCUGGACAAAGGUCGUCGCCAGUGUGAUCUUCUACCUCAUUCUCCGGCCCUACAUUGAGAAGUUCUUCAAAUACCUGCACGACCGCGAGCGCAAGAAGGAGAAGGAGAAGAAGGAGAAAGAGCGGGCUGCGCUGGGUGGGAAGAAGGCUAAGAUGUCGGCGAAUGCGCUGCGUGGCGGUGCUGAGAAGGGCAAGGUUUUGGGCGAGGUUGAGAAUACUGAUGAUGAGCUUGAGGAGGAGGGGGAGGAUGAGUUGGCUCAGGCUAGUGGUGUGCCGGAGUGGAAUGGGAUGGCUCGGAAGAGACAAAAGAAGUACUUGAAGAAUCUGGCGAAGGGUCAGCGCGCGGAGAAGUUGAGUGAGGAUCAGAUUAUGGAGUUGUUGGAUUGGAGUGAGGAUGAAGGGGAGAACAAGAAGGAUGCAUAG